AUGUUGUCCCGUGGCCGAGAAGUGGAAGUGGCGAUUUCAUCGGCAAAAGAUAUCAAGAACGUGAAUUGGCGCAAUGGCCCAAACAAGCCAUACGCCGUCGUAUGGGUCGAUCCGAAAUACAAGUCCUCCACAAGAGUCGACGAAGACGGCGACACGUGUCCCUCCUGGAACGAGACAUUUGUCAUCCCUUUGCCUCUGGACAACUUAUACGACGAUGACAAUAAGGUCUACAUCAACAUCGUACACGCAGGACGUGAAGAGAACACAAAGCCCCUCAUCGGCUCCGCCUAUCUCAGCCUCCGUGACGUCAUCGAUGACGUUGGCUUCGGCGUCGCUAACGUGAAAACCAUCAACCUCAAACGCCCCUCCGGCCGACCUCACGGCAUUCUCGACGUCACCGUCGCCGUUCGAGAAACUUGGCACCACGCGCCGCCGCAACAUGUUUAUGGAAACACGAUGAUGUACGGAGAGACGGGGUAUGGAUAUACGCCGGAGAAAGAGAAAGGGAGCAAGUUCGGUGGGAUGGGGACGGGACUGGCGAUUGGGGCGGUGGCCGGAGUUCUUGGUGGGGUUGCGUUAGCGGAGGGAUUGGAGGCUAUGGAGGACAACGUCGCUGAAGAAGCAGCGGAGGAUGAUCUUGAUUCCGGAGAAGAAGAUUCUGACGGCGGCGAUGACGACGGAGACUUUUAAUCUUCCUGGUAAA